CGACGCGCUCGAGUAACAAUGGGAUGAUAAGCAAGAAGUCGAUUUAUAUGAGACUCCGAAUGGUUGAAAAGUAAUAUUCUGUACUCGUUCGCUUUGCAGCAUUACCAUCAACAUGGAUGCAAGACUUACCGAGACCUCGAACGACAAGAAGCAUCCUAGCCUCGAGAUGGAGCAAAUUGAUCCCGAUCGCAAAACACCAGACGACAUUGCACCAGGAGAAGUCACAGACUCUGAGGAAUUCUCAGAUGCGUACUAUCGAAAGUUGCUAUGGAAGAUCGAUCUUUGGCUUCUGCCAUUGAUGUGGGUCUGCUAUGGCACGCAACAAACCGACAAGACGUCCCUAAGCGUCCAAGCUGUAUUCGGCAUUCGCGAAGAUACAGGACUUGUUGGUGAGCAGUUCAACUGGCUGAGCACCAUUUUUUACCUUACAUACUUGGUCUGCGAAGCACCAGGCAACUGGUUGAUGCAGAAAUGUCACACGGGCAAGUUCUUGUCAAUUGUGAUGGUGCUUUGGGGUGUCAUCGUUCUAUGCAUCGCAUUUGCUAAGAACUUUACGCACCUCAUGGUUCUACGCGCAAUCCAGGGAGCGCUCGAAUGCACGAUCUCCCCGACCUUCAUGCUCAUGACCGGUGCUUGGUACACCUCUCAAGAGCAUACGAUCCGAUCCCUUAUCUGGGGCACCUCAAAUGCUGGAAUGAAUAUUCUAGCCGGGUUGAGUAUGUACGGUAUUGGUCUCCAUGCAGAGAAGCAUCCUGGCGGCGUAGCAGCUUGGAAAGGCAUUUCCUUCCUUCUUGGAGCCUUGACUAUAACCUGCGGUAUUCUCGUCUGGUUCAUUCUCGGGACGCCCCGUGAGGUCCGAUGGUUGAGCGAAAAGGAGAAGAGGGCUGCAAUCGCACGAGUGACCGCAAAUCAGACAGGUUCCGAUCGCGAGAAGAGAUCCGAGUUCAAGUGGGAUCAAGUCUGGAUCGCUUUCAAAGACCCGCAGACCUACUUUUUCUUCUUCAUAACAAUCAUCAACGCUCUUCCCAACGGUGCCAACACGACCUUCUCAAAACUAAUCUGGAAAUCUUUUGGCUUCACUCCCCUCGAAACACUGCUCAAAGGAUCCACACCAUACUACUGCGUUAGCAUUUGCUGGUUUCUUGUUGUGGGAUAUAUCACAUUGAAACGAUCGAAUCUUCGAUUCUUGAUGAUGAUGUUUUCUCUCGUGCCAGCCUUCUCUGGUAUGAUGGCUCUUGCAUUCCUACCACAAAAUAGCAUGAAAUGGACAAGAUGGGGGAUGUAUAUUCUACAAGUGUUUGGAUCACUUCCCGGACUCAUGAUUUGGACAUUCCUGCCCUCCAACGUUGCGGGCCGAACCAAGAAGACGGUGACAGCGACGGUUAUUUUCAUCGCUUACUGUGUGGGCAAUGCCGUCGGAGCUCAGAUGUUCGUCGCAUCUGACGCGCCGAAAUACAUCAAGGGUCUCACAGCUUGUGCCGUCCUUUAUAUUGUGGAGUUCUGCAGCAUGGGUAUAUGGAGAUUCUACUACAUUUGGGAGAACCGUCGCCGUGCGAAAAUCAUCCGUGACCAGGGAACCUCGGAGGAAGAAUGCUUGCGCCUUGGGAAAUUGAAUGCUGAAGCCGAUAUGACUGAUCGCGAGAAUAUUUAUUUCCAGUACAAGUACUGAUGUCUGCAAUGCAUCUUUGAGAAGAAAUAACACCGAUAUACGCGAGAAGCCGGGUUGGUGGCAUCUCAUUACAGUGAAUCUGUCCUCUAAAUUGAACAUCAUUACCUCUUAAUUACUUUCACUUUUUAAUUUCCACAUAUUUGUUC